AUGCCAGCAAUAACUUGCACAACCAUUCCACUUCCCGCAACAUCACCGCCGUCUUCGCCAACAGACCGUCAAACUCCACGUAUCAAAUCACUUAUUGUCGAUGACAAUGGAAUAACUGCAAAAGUACUUUGCAAAAUCCUAUCAAAAGAAUUCGGUUAUUCGACUACGUGCGCGGUCAGCGGGAAGGAAGCGUUAGUGAAAUUAUCACAAGAAGUAUUCGACGUAAUAUUCAUGGAUAUCGAUAUGCCCGAAUUGAGUGGGAUAGAAACAACGAUGGCAAUACACUCGAAAGGAAGCGUGGUGCUAGAAGCUAAUCGGACCAUACCCAUCAUCGCCUAUACAACAAAUCCGUGCGAUAGUAAAUACUUUGAAGCAGGAAUGAAUGGAUGGGUUGGCAAACCUGCUAAUCAAAUUACAGUGCGAAAGGAAUUGGAAAGAGUUUGUAUUUCAAUGUCCAGUUGA